ACCUGCAAUAAAUGACCCUUGCCGUUUGGCUUUGACUCUCGACUCUGGUGGUCUUGUGGAGGGGCCUCGCGACCUUGGGCAUUUCAUUUGGGGGCUCGUCCGGGAUGCCCCCAAGCCCACCAGACAUCAGGUCAACGGGUCAUCGCUGACAACCGAUCGCCUUACAGCGGAUACACGAGACAAUCUGGCCCAAACUAAAAGAGCUAUAUGCAACAGGACCCCCACCUACUCCACACCAGCUCCGGCCAGGUGACUGGGUCCUUGUCAAACGCCAUCGACAAGAGACCCUAGAACCCAGGUGGAAAGGACCUUACCAGAUCAUCCUGACAACGCCGACAGCCAUCAAGGUGGACAGCAUAGCUGCCUGGAUCCAUCACACACACGUCAAGCCGGUGGACCCAUUUUCUGACCUCAUCAAGUCCACUAAAGCUGACGUCACCUGGACUGUUGACCGGAGUAAGAACAAUCCCCUCAAACUGACUUUGCGCCGUACCCUCCCCCAUGAUGACCAAGGUACUGUUGAUAGCCCUAAUGAUAGUCCUAACCCUCAACCCUCGGGCCACGAGGGGAGGAUUCGGCCCUCCCCCCAAUAAGAAUACUUUAAUACAACUACUAUAUGGUGCACCGUGCGAGUGCAGGGGAGGUACUAUGGAGACUCCUGUUGUUCCCCGAGGGUAUACUCAUAUGCAGGACUGCGGGGGCAUAACUGCGUAUCUUGUUCAGGAAUAUAGGGUUACCGGGGCCUCUCAAAACUGGCAAUGCUACCAUAAGCCUAAGCCACUCCCCCCUCGAGCCACUUGCCCCUGUUCCACCUUCCAGGAAUCAAUGCAUAGCAUGUGCUAUUCCUCUUACCAGCAAUGUAUAGGGGCCAAUAACAAGACUUAUUUCACAGCCAUACUACAGAAUAAUAAAAGCCCCACCAUUAGUGAUGAUAAUAAAUACCUUCAGGCUGGAUGCACUGGCACCCCCGGGACCCCGGUAUGCUGGAAUACCAGGGCCCCCACACAUAUGUCAGACGGUGGGGGGCCCCAGGACGCAGUGCGCCAGAUAGAAACCCGAAGACAAAUAGAAGAGGCCUAUCGGCAUCUGUACCCACAGCUCAGCUACCACCCCCUAAUUCUCCCUAAGGUCGAUCCCUCUGAAUUGGACUCCCAGACCAUGUCCAUACUAGAAGCUACUUUUGCGCUUUUGAAUACCACCAACCCCAACUUAGCACAGGAUUGCUGGCUCUGCCUUCCUCAAGGACCGCCCCGCCCUAUAGCCAUCCCCACCUUCGCCAAUUUAAAUAUCAGCGAACGAUGUAACCCUACUUCACUCCCCGAGCCGUUCCCCAUACAAUUUUCAAAAUUUUCAACCACCUUUAAUACCUCAUGCUUUGUCAAGAACGAUUCCCUCUCUAACGCCAGUAUUGACUUGGGAAUCCUUUCAUCCACUGGAUGUAGUCAAUAUAUCCCCGUGAACUCCUCCCUCUGUAGUCCUAAUACCACUGUCUUUGUCUGUGGAAGUAACCUAGCAUACACCUAUUUACCCCCGAAUUGGACAGGGGUCUGCACCCUGGCCACCCUUCUCCCCAAUGUAGACCUGAUCUCGGGAGACACCCCGUUGCCCAUUCCCAGCUUUGACCUCUGGGCAGGGAGAACCAAACGAGCCAUUACAGUCCUACCCCUCCUGGGUACCUUGCGCCAGCCGGGACCCCAGAUGCCGAGGCUGCAUCACACCGCAGCCCGGCAGAGCCCUUGGGUGGCCCAGCGCCCUCAGAGGCCCAGCUGGGGGCGGGAUGGGCGGGCCACCCCAGCAGAGCUCAUGCCCGCCCACUCGUAUCUGACGGACAAAUGGACAGACCAACAACACAGGACCUGCUCCAAGAACUGA